AUGAACAAUACUGAUUAUACAGUUAUCCAAGUACUUCAGGGUAUGCAAGAAACACUUUGGGAUGUGCAAGAAACACUUCUUGCUUUGCAAAAAGGACAAGAAGCACUCCAAAAGGAACAAAAUCUCGGUGGGGCAAUUCCAAGAUCUGUACUAAAUAUCAAAGAUAUAACACUGGUACACAUCUACAGAAUGGUGAGUCGUGAUCUUGGAGUUGAACUGGAUAAGAAAACCAAGGCAAUUAUCAAUACUUGUACACGUCUUGUCUGCAAUGAACUGGCCUCCAUUCCUUCUAUACAUGCGUGUCUACUCGGAAACAAUGGUAUAGACUUUACCAGAUGCCAUAAGAACUGGGCGUCUGUUGCAAAAGUCAGCCAAUUACAGAAAAACCGUAAGAAGCAACAAUAG